GGAAUUAACGUUGGGGUGCUGUCUCAUUGGAGGAAAAAGGACCAAUCAAAUCACGCAUUUCAGUGACUUUGUAUCGAGGCGGUCAGUUUCGGUGAAGCUUCGCUGAAGAAUUCUGCCGGACGUCCCACUAAAAAAAUCCCCCCCCCUCUGCGACCGCCUACGAAAUGUGCGAAGCAGAUCCGCGGAUUACCCUCGAAUUUCACUUGAUCACCGUCGCCACGCCCACCUCGUAGUUCGCUUUACAGCCAACUUCGACAUCAUGGUAAAGUGGAACAAGAUCACGGAUCCUCGGUUCGCCAAUUUCGAGACGGACCCUCGUUUCCGUCUUCCGUCGAAGCGCAAAGCCAAGACCACGAUCGACAAGCGCUUCUCACGCCUGCUCAAGGACGACGAAUUCACAUCCGCCUCCAAGGUUGAUCGGUACGGCCGCAAGAUCAAGACCGACUCCAAAAAGAAAGCCCUCCAGCGGUUAUACCAACAAGACGACGAGGACGAUGACAAGAAGGACGAGGACGAAAAGCCGGCAAGUGACGCAGAGGAGGACCAGGCGGACAUAAGCGAGAUCGACGAUGAUGAAAAGGUCAAACGCGAGCUUGCGGAAGCGGAUGCCAGGUACGACCCAGCACGAGGCGGCGGGUUUUCGUCCUCCGACUCGGAUUCAUCUUCGGACGACGACGACGAAGAUGAGGAAGAGGACGAGGAGGACGGCGGUGCGGCAGUCGACGGCAAGGCCUCGAUGCAGCGGUUACGCGACGAAGAGGCCCAGGUCGAAGCGGGCGAGGUCACGAACCGCAUUGCCGUCGUCAACCUCGACUGGGACCACGUCAAGUCCCGCGACCUCAUGGCGUUGUUCAGCAGUUUCCUCCCAGCCAACGGCGGCAGGAUAGCAAAAAUCGCCGUCUACCCCAGCGAAUUCGGCAAGGAGCGGAUGCAGCGGGAAGAACUCGAGGGCCCGCCCAAGGAGCUUUUCAGGUCCUCUCACAAGCGCCGCGGUUCCGACUCGGACGACGAGGACGGCGCGGGGGACGGCGACAGCGAUGACUCGAGCGAUCCGGAAGCCGAUGAGGAGAUCAAAAAGUCCCUCAUACAGGAAGGGGACGAUAAGGACUUUGACGGCGACGCGUUGCGGGCGUACCAACUGGACCGCUUGCGAUAUUACUAUGCGGUCAUGACAUUCUCCGACAAGGAAACCGCCAAAAAAAUCUACGAAGCAACAGACGGCACGGAAUACCAGUCGUCGUCCAACUUUAUGGAUCUGAGAUUCGUCCCGGACGACGUCACUUUCGACGACGAACCCCGCGACGAAUGCGACAAGGUGCCCGAGAACUACAAGCCCGUCGAAUUCACCACGGAUGCCCUCCAGCACUCCAAGGUCAAGUUGACGUGGGAUCUCCACCCGGAAGAGUCAGCAAGGAAAGAAACAAUCAAGCGAGCGUUCACGGGAAGCCGGAACGACAUUGAAGAGAACGACCUUCGCGCAUACUUGGCCAGCGAUAGCGAUGGCGAGGCGGACGAUAUCGAGGAAGAGGAGGGGCGGCAGGACGGCGGGGCAGGGGAGGAGAAGCCUUCCAAGAAGGAGCUGGCGCGGCGUAAGAUGCGAGCUGCGCUGGGUCUGGGCGACGAAGAGGCGUCCAAACCGAACAAGCAAGGUCCCGUCGGCGAGAUGCAAAUCACCUUCACCCCCGCGCUGACGGAGGCGGAAGGGAAGAAGACUGAGGAAGAAGAGACGACGAUUGAGAAGUACAAGCGCAAGGAGCGGGAGAGGAAAGAGCAGAAACGCGAAGCGGCCAGGGCACGGCGCGAGGGCCGCGACCCGACCACGGCGUCCAAGGAGGACGCCAAAGAAGACGCGGGAGAGGAAGAAGAAGAAGAAGAGGAGGAGGAGGAGGAGGAGGAGGAGGGAGAGGACCUCGGCUUCGACGACCCGUUCUUCACAGCCGAAGCGACGGAAACGAAAAAGACCAAGACGGCCAUGCGGAAGGAAGAAAGGCUGGCCAAGCGCGCGGCGCGGGAGGCAGAAGAGGCGGAGAAGGCGGCGCAAAAGGCGGAGCUGCAGCUCCUCAUGGCGGACGACGGCGGCGACGGCGGCGACGGCGGCGGCACGGGCCAGCUCGACCACUUCGACAUGAACGAGAUCACGCGCGCGGAGAAGAUGUCGCGGAAGAAGAAGAAGUUCCAGAAGAAGAAGGGCAAACACGACGACGAGCGCGGUGCCGGCCUCCAGACGGCGUUCAAGAUGGAUGUGGACGACGACCGGUUCAAGGCCGUGUUCAAGAGCCACGAGUACGCCAUUGACCCGUCCAACCCCAAGUUCAAGCCCACCGAGGGCAUGCAGAAGCUGCUCGAGGAAGGCAGGAAGAAGCGGAGGGCGGAUGACGGUGAGGAGGUUGUCAGGGACGUCAAGAAGUCGAAAAAGGAGUCUAAGGGGGGGAAGGAGAGUGGGGAGCUGAGUGGUUUGGUCGCGUCGGUGAAGCGGAAGGCGGCGGCUAAGCAGAAGAAGAAGAAGUAGCAUAGUCGUUGAUACGAGGCUUAGGUGUUUUUAUAAUUUAUUGUCCCGGUACUGAGGACCAAGUUAGGGCAGGAUUGUGUUAUCCUGGAUGAUAGAUUCACUCUACUUGAUUUUCGGAGUUGCAAGGUAUAAGUGCAUGACGAGUCAAUGU